AUGUUUGCGAUGCACUGCUCCUCGAGCGGUUUAGCGAAAGGGUCGAUGAGUGGCCAGCGCGUCGCGCAAUCGAAGAAGCGUUCGUCUGCGCAAAAGAAAUGCACCAUCAUCCGCAACAAGGCUGUCGCGGAACCGCCGACGACGACGGCGGCGACGGGUGCGCGCGUCGUUUCGGACAACAUGGAAAACGUCCUCUCUAUCAUCUUAGGUGGCGGCGCGGGUUCUCGUUUGUACCCGUUGACGAAGAAAAGAGCGAAGCCGGCCGUUCCGUUGGGUGCGAACUACCGUUUGAUUGAUAUCCCGGUGUCCAACUGCAUCAACAGCGACAUCAACAAGAUUUACUGCUUGACGCAAUUUAACUCGGCAUCUUUGAACAGACACUUGGCGCAAGCUUACAACGCAAACAUUGGCUCGUACACGAAGACGGGCUUCGUCGAAGUUUUGGCCGCUCAACAGUCGCCGACGAACAAGACUUGGUUUCAAGGUACCGCGGACGCCGUCAGACAGUACACGUGGCUCUUCAACUCCUCCAAGUGCGACGAAUAUCUCAUUUUGUCCGGCGAUCACUUGUAUAGAAUGGACUAUAAGCCGUUUAUUAUGAAGCACAGAGAAGUUGGCGCAGAUAUCACGGUAUCGGCGGUGCCGAUGGAUGAAGAAAGAGCGGAAGCGUUUGGUUUGAUGAAAAUCGACGGUACUGGUAGAAUUAUUGACUUUGCGGAGAAGCCGAAGGGCGACGCGUUGAAGGCGAUGGCUGUAGACACGACCGUCUUAGGUUUGGACGCGGAAAAAGCGAAAGAAAUGCCGUACAUCGCCUCCAUGGGUAUCUACGUUUUCUCAGCCAAGGCUAUGGAAGAUUUGUUGAUGAAACACUGCAAAGAACAAAACGACUUUGGCGGUGAAAUCAUCCCGCACGCGAAGGACAUGGGCAUGCACGUCCAAGCCUUUUUGUACGAUGGGUACUGGGAAGACAUUGGAACCAUCAAAGCCUUCUACAACGCCAACUUGCAAUGCAACAAGGAAAAUCCGCAGUUUUCUUUCUACGAAGCUAAGGCGCCGAUUUACACGUCGUCUCGAUUUUUGCCCCCGACAAAAAUUUUGGACAGCGCCGUCACCCAAUCGACCAUCGGUGAUGGUUGCUUCAUCGAAAAGUCUACGAUUAAGAAUGCUAUGGUUGGAUUACGAUCGCACAUCUCCGAAGGUUGCGUUAUCGAGGACACGUUGUUGAUGGGUGCUGACUUUUAUGAGAACAAAGCGGUUUGCGCUUCCAAGGACGACUGCUUCAUGCCGUUGGGCGUCGGACCGGGUUCUACGAUUAAGAACGCCAUCGUCGACAAAAACGCGAGAAUCGGUGCCAACUGCUCCAUCACGAACAAGAAUAACGUUGAGACAGACGUAGAGACGGGUAAGGAUGCGGGUUGGGUCAUCAAGGAUUACAUCAUUGUUAUCGAAAAGGAUGCGACGAUUCCUGACGGCACCGUCAUCUAA